ACAACAACAAAAUAUAUUGCAAAAACGAUUUAAUUACAUUUAAGUAUGUAAUUCGUUGUCUUUCUUAAAAAAGUGGACCAUACCAUUCCAAUGUGUUAGUGCAUUCAAAAAUAUUCGAUUACUUUUCGGUAGUAAUCGUUACAAAUUGUGCACAUUAAACUCGAUUCAUUCGUCCUGAAAUGUUGCAAUCACUGAGGGGAAAUUUUGUGUGAGAGUAUUUGAGUACUUUUAAAACAAAUUUUUAUCCCAACAGAACAAGUAGAAUAAGGAAAUUGAAAACAAUGGCAACUUAGUCAAUAUGAGCAUAGAUUCUUGGAUGUAAUACUUUGCCAGUUUGAUUGAAUUGAAUGAAAGUAGUGCGCGCUAGGCGUUAGUAAAGUUUUGUAUGCAACUGUAAUAGAGUACUAUGUGAAUAAAAAGGUUAUUUUUGCAAAUCUAACUAUUUUGAAUUUUCAAAUGGAUUAAAUAAAUACAGAAUAAACAUUUAAGCAACAGAAACUAAAGCAUGUGAAGCAUUACGAUUGACAAUACACCAUUUGAGAUGUUAUAAGAAACCUAAAUACCAGUUCGAACUACAUUUAUUUUAACGAGAUAAAUGUAAAAUUAAAAAACAGAAAGUAUAUUAAAGUAUAAGUUAUGAUGUCCAUUGGUGCUGACUCUGUAACUAGUGUUUUUGCUUCUAAAUUAAAUAUUAAUGAAAAUCUAUCAGAAGCUACUAUUCCUGUAGUUAUAAGCCCAGUUUCAUCAGACUCUAAGCCAUCAAAGAGGGUAAUCUCAUCAGCUUCGUUAACUUCUGGAAUGUCUGUUCCGACACUGAAUAAUACAACAAAAUCAAUAAUAUCAUCAGCUAAUUCACAAGACACUAUAUCGAAUAUAACAUUGAUGGGUUCAACUGCAGUUAAGAAUUCAAAUAUAACUCGUUCUACUCUGUCAUCACAUUCAUCUAGAGAUUAUAAUCAACAUGUUGAAUCACUUUCAACACCAUUACUUCUGUGUAAUGAUUCAAAUGGUCAAAUAGCUUCUAAUUCUAUCGAUAGUAGGCAACAACAAGAGCCACUUUCAAUUGCUAGUUUGGCAUCAUCGCUUGUGAAUGACAAUAUAUGUCAUAGCCCGACUCAAAUAUUGAAUGAUAUGAUCGCAAAUAAUACCAAUCAAACAGUUGCUGAGGAUCCUCGCACACUUCAACUCGCUUUGGAAUUAUCAAUGGUUGGAUUAAAUGAACCCUUGUCAUCGCUAUCAGCAACGUCUGCACAGCUUCAGACAAUGCAACACUCCAAUCAAAACUACCAACAACUAUCACAACUACGUUCAAAUCAAAUAAUGCCAUCUGAUCAGCAGUCAAAUGAUUUUGAUAUAAAUACGUUAAAUGUUAUUAGUGCAGCUGUUGCUGCCGCUGCUGCAUCAGUCACAGGAACGCACACAAAUAAUUUAUUUAACAACAGUGUGUCAAAUAUAGUUUCUCUUAAUCAUUUUGUAAAUAGCAACAAUUCAAAUUCUUGCUUUGCACCAAAUUUGGAAGAUCGAUCGAAAAAAUCACAAAAUAUGACGGAAUGCGUUCCAGUACCCAGUUCUGAGCACGUCGCUGAAAUAGUUGGACGACAAGGUAUAUAUAAAUUUCAAUAAUUAUUUGCUGUCGCAUAAAAUGUCAAAAUUAAUCUAAGUUUUAAUAUUUAUUAAAUGCAUAUAUCAAAAUCAAAUCAUUAUUUCGA